AUGGGAAAAUAUCCAAAGGUGUUUGUAUUGCUGAAUGGUUACUGUAAGCAGGCAGAAAGGAACGGUUGUUCGAAGGCAUCUGGCACUGUGUCAUUAAUUUUAACUGAAAGAAGAAAAAUCCUGGUGGAUUGUGGUGAUCCAUGGAAUGGUACAUGUAUUGUCCAAGCACUUUCGAGAUAUUCGUUAACUUGUGAUGAUAUUACCGAUGUAAUAAUAACCCAUGGGCAUAGUGACCACUGUGGUAAUUUAUCACUUUUUCAACAAGCCAAAAUUUAUAUGGGUGAUGAUAUGGCCAAGAACGGUAUUUAUGAGAUUUUUACGGAUAUUUGGACAUUAGAUGAUUCUGUACAGAUACGACAAACUCCUGGGCACACUGAUCAUGAUCGUAGUAUCAUUGUGACGAGCACUGAAUAUGGAACAGUUGCUAUUGUAGGCGAUAUUUUCGAAGAGGAAAAUGACGAUAAUAGCUGGAAAGUAAACAGCAAAUAUCCGGAAGACCAACAGAAUAGCCGUAAAAUGAUAUUAAGUGAAGCAGACUGGAUUAUUCCUGGUCAUGGUGGAAUGUUCAAAAAUAAAUUAAAAGACAUUUAA